AUGAUUUGGCUGAAUGAGCCUCAGAUAUGGUCAGAUAAUUUAUCAGUAAUUAAAGUUCAUACUGAUGCUAAAACAGAUUUUUGGCGUAAGACACGCAAUGGUGCUGAACGAGAUAACGGACAUUUUUAUUAUCGAUCUCUUCCAGGAGAUGAACAUUUUCUCGCAACAGUAAAUGUACAAGGAAAAUAUAAUGCUCGAUAUGAUCAAGGUGGUUUAAUGUUACGUAUUGAUGAAAAGAAUUGGAUUAAAUGUGGAGUUGAAUAUGUUGAUGGUAAACAGUUUGCUAGUGUAGUUGUUACCGUUAAUGGAUGGUCCGAUUGGAGUAUUGUUUCAAUUGAUUCACCUGAUGUUUUAAAAUUACGUGUUAAACGUGUAAAAGAAGCAGUACAUAUUGAAUAUGCUGAAGGUGAAAAUGGUGAAUUUAAAAUGAUGAGAUUAGCAUAUUUUCCAGUGAUCGAUGAAAAACAAUCUUUAAUGGUUGGAAUUAUGUGUGCAUCACCUUAUAAAGAUAGUCAUGGAUUUGAUGUUGAAUUUGAAAAAUUCAAUAUCAUUCAACAGUAUGAAUCGAAUCAGUACUAA